AUGACAACGAAAUGUCAUUUUGUCUAUAUCAGUGUUGAAUUACGCCCUUUUCCCGCUCUCAAACUCAAAGGCAUAAAUUACGAUUACGUGGAAGAAAAGUUUGAGAGCAAAAGCUCUUUGCUUCUUGCUCUAAACCCUAUUCACAAGAAGGUCCCUGUUCUUGUUCACAAUGGUAAAACCAUUCUCGAGUCUCAUGUGAUUCUUGAAUACAUCGACGAGACUUGGCCACACAAUCCCAUUCUCCCUCAAGAUCCUUACAAAAGAUCCAAAGCUCGAUUCUUUGCUAAACUCGUCGAUGAACAUAUUACGAAUGUGGGUUUUGUAUCAAUGGCAAAAGCGGAUGAGAAAGGAAGACAAGUUUUGGUCGAGCAGAUAAGAGAACUAAUUAUGUAUCUCGAGAAAGAACUUAUCGAAAAAGAUUACUUCGGCGGUAAGAGUGUUGGAUUCUUGGACUUUUUGGCCGGAAGUUUGAUUCCGUUUUGUUGGGAAGGCAGAGGUUUGCAAGUGAUUACAGAAGAGAAGUUUCCAGAGUAUAACAAAUGGGUGAAGAAUUUGGAGAAGGUUGAGAUUGUAAAAGAUUGUAUUCCACCAAGAGAGAAACCUGUUGAACACAUGAACUAUAUGGCAAAGAGAAUUAGAUCUUCUCUUUGA